AUGACAGCAGUAACAACCAGAGCGGUGGCACCAGCAGCAGCAGUAACAGAAACACUCACACGAUCGGUAGCAACAGCAGUAGCAGCAACAGCAUCUGCUGCUGCAGGAAUGGUGGCACCAGCAGCAGCAGCAACAGAAACACUCACACGAUCGGUAGCAACAGCAUCUGCUGCUGCAGGAGUGGUGGCACCAGCAGCAGCAGCAGCAGUAACAGAAACACUCACACGAUCGGUGGCAACAGCAGUAGCAGCAACAGCAUCUGCUGCUGCAGGAGUGGUGGCACCAGCAGCAGCAGCAACAGAAACACUCACUCGAUCGGUAGCAACAGCAGUAGCAGCAACAGCAUCUGCUGCUGCAGGAGUGGUGGCACCAGCAGCAGCAGCAGCAGCAGCAGCAGCAGCAACAGAAACACUCACUCGAUCGGUAGCAAUAGCAGUAGCAGCAACAGCAUCUGCUGCUGCAGGAGCGGUGGCACCAGCAGCAGCAGCAACAGAAACACUCACACGAUCGGUAGCAACAGCAGUAACAGCAACAGCAUCUGCUGCUGCAGGAGCGGUGGCACCAGCAGCACCACCCCCAAAACUGGCAAAUCUUGCACCUCAAGUACACCAUCACACCUGCACCAGCAGCAGCAUGCCAGUAGCAGUACACCAGGACAGGCAGUCUCCCUUCACUACUACACUAGCACAGGCACUCUCCCUUCACUACUAA